UCCAAGACCAAGUCGAAGCCUUUGACCCCCGCCGAGCGCCUGGCCGAGAUGCGCCGCAAGAUUGACGGCGGCAAGUUCCGCAUGCUCAACGAGCAGCUGUACACAACCACGGGCGACUCCGCCUUCUCCACGUUCCAGAGCGACCCGGAGCUCUUCGACGUGUACCACCAGGGCUUCCGGGAGAUGGCGGACAAGUGGCCCACCAACCCGCUCGACACCUUCAUCGACUACGUCAAACGUCAUCCGAAGGCGGUGGUGGCGGAUUUCGGCUGCGGAGACGCCAGACUGGCGGAGAGCGUGUCGAACAAGGUGCACUCGUUCGAUCUGGUGUCCCGCAAGUCGCACGUUACUGCCUGUAAUAUUGCUGAUGUCCCGUUGAAGGACAGCCGAGUCGAUAUCGCCGUGUAUUGCCUGGCGCUUAUGGGGACGAGUGUUCGCGAGUAUGUGCGCGAGGUGUACCGCGUGCUGAAGCCCGGCGGUGUGUUGAAGGUCGCGGAGGUCAAGAGUCGCUUUGAGAGCGAGUCGCUGGGCGGCAUCGAGGGGUUCGUGCAGACGCUGCGUAAGAUGGGCUUCGACUGCAAGCAUAAGGACGAGCGCAACAAGAUGUUCGUGCUGUUCGAGUUUGUCAAGUCGUCCCGCAAGCCACAGAAGGUGGGUCCGAUCGAGUUCAAGGCGUGCGAGUACAAGCGGCGG